AUGGUGGGGUUGGGUGGGAAGAGAGAUUCUACUGAUGAUGAUACAAGCGAUGAUGAAGGCAAAACAAAUUUGGAAAAAAAGGAUGAAGAAAAGGAUGAAAAGAAGGAUGAAAAGAAGGAUGAAAAGAAGGAUGAAAAGAAGAAGAGAAAUGAAAAGACGAACAAGGCUACUGCAACGGACACGGAAUCGGACUCGGAUGGGCAAAUCGAAGAGGAAGUUGAAAGGAGGGUGGAGGAAAGAGUGAAGGACAUGCGGAGGGAAUGGUUGAGGAAGGAGGCCAAGUGGCACCUCACUGGCAAAACAGGGCACCCCCAGGGCUGCCCCAUACUUCCACCAGCAACCACCUCAACCACGACUUCAUCCACCGACGCCACCAUCACCACCAUCAUUUCUCACCAGACGUAG